AUGGGUAGACUGGAAUACUCGGGCCAUGUUCAUAGAACAGGGCUUGGGCCACUACCGAUUAGACCCACUUCUCGCUCAUCUGCAUCAACAUCAAGCUUGUCCCAAGAUGCUACAUUAGUCUCUCGAAUGAAUUCAAUGAUGGCACAAAUGCAUGAACUGCAGGAAGAGAAGAGAAUCAUGAAUGAAUGGAUGGCAGCACAAGAUCAAGUGAUAGCAGAUAUGAAGAAGAUGAUAAAAAAUCUUGUUGCCUCUAAUGCAGCAACGGGCAACACUUCGGCUGCUCAAGACACAGAGUCACCUAAUGUUGUGAGGAUGGACUUUGAGCAAUCAACCUUGAAUUCACAAUGCGAAGAAGAUUGUUCGUUGAUACAUGAACAAUUUCAUGAUGUUGUGCCCAUCCAAAUAGACCUCGAAAGCGAUGAAAUAGAAACUGUAGCUGAUGAACAGUUGAAAGAUGGUGCGGACAAUUGCAGUUCCAAACUGAAGCCCAUAGAUGAAGAUGAAGUAGAAACUGUAGCUGAUGAACAAUUGAAAGAUGGUGUGGACAAUUGCAGUUCCAAGCUGAAGCUCAUAUAUGAAGUUAAAAAUGUUGAGGAACCUAAGGAAGGGAUGCUAUUUGGCUCCAUAGAGGAACUUCAUGAGUAUUAUAGGAGUUAUGCAAAGCAAGAGGGUUUUGGUGUGGUACAGAAGAAGAAGAAAAAGAAUAAAGAUGAAAAUGUACAUUACAUCAGUCUAGGAUGUGCUCGUCAAGGCAAAAGACAAUCCAGCUCAAAGCUUCAUGAAUUCACAGUCAAUAUGUUCUGUUGAAAGAGAGGUAGAUGCAAAAGAACAGGAAUAAGAGGAAAAUGUAAAAUUUUAAUUGUAAGUGAUGAGGAAAAGCAUGUUGUCUACUUUAAUGCUUGUUUUUAGUCCGUGCAUCUCUCAGCACUAUCAAGUCCUAGAGACAUACAAUAUGGAGUAUGAGCAGAGUUGCAUUAGUCCCCUUCUUGAUGUGUUACGAAGUCUUAAUGAGGAAAGGGUAACUGAGCACUUGAGAAAGAUCAAAGCAAGAAUAGCACAGGAAGAAUAUGAUCCAGCUUGUGAUAAUGUUGAAGUUGUUAGUGUCAUGUAUGAGGCAUGUACAUUGUUCUUUGUGAUGUUUCUUCAUAUUUACUUGUUUUGUAAUAUAAUCAACAUCAUGUUAGUUGCCAGUGAUGGCUUGAAAAUGGAUAACAAAUAGUGUUUUUGUUUCCUGGGUGAA